UGUCACCAUAACUCAUCACUCAAAGCUAGAUGCAGACAAGUGACUACAAGACCGCACUAGAAACUCAACUAUCAGCCUUCAAACCUGCACCAGGGCUUCUAUAACCAUGAAUAACAUCUUCAUCUUUUUGAUCUUAAGCUGUUUGGUAAUUAUAGGCCAGCUGACCACCACAUGCAAUUUUUGCUGGAAUAUUGGCUCAAACAAAUGCUGUGAUGAAAGAAAGCAUCAAUGUGAUGGAUCAGGUUGCAUGACGGUGUCGGAGUACAGCCUUGCCGGUAAAGAUGAAUAUCCUUCAAUACAGAAAGGCUGUUCUGUGCCACUAUUAUGUGGUAAUUGCUUUUCUGUAACAACCAACGAUAACUUCCUUGUCCGAGUGACCGGUCAAUGUGGGGAAGGAAAUAGCAGUAAUGAAAACCUAAACUAUAACUAUAAGGACAUUUGUGACACUCAGUUAACACCAAACAACUAUCAGUGUCCAAGCUGCUUCAGCACUGAUUCCGCCUCAGGUUGCGAGAGCACAGGAUAUGUGGACUGCCUUGGAUUAGAAAAGGAAUGUUUUGAUUAUGGCGCAUUUCUUAUGCUGUCUGAUGGAAAACCAAUCAACAUGUCAAUUAAAGGAUGCUUGACCACCGGUGGUUGUGAAAUUGGAUAUUCAGGUGUACCUGGAAGCAAGGAACUGCAGAGAGAUCAUAUGAAGUGUACACCUGCAAUAAAAAAAGAAUAGAAUGUGAUAUAUAACUAUACAAGAAAUGCACAUUAGAACCUGCAUCAUUAAUAUUGCAUAGAAACCUGUAAAAGAGAUGUAUUAAAAAUAAGCUUUGCCAUAAAAUCUCUGUCAAUUAAAUCUAGCCAUCACUAAAAA